AACCGCGCUACAUCCGGCUUCAUUUUAGCUUAGCCUAGCUAACUUGACGCGGCUGGUUUCUACCUACUGUCGGAGGAGAAGAGGAACAAGAAAUGUUAAAAUGGAGCCCCAGAAGAAGUUAAUAAACUCAGUGGACAGCUGUGUGGAUGAGGCUCUCUGUGGCCUCAUCAGGGCCAAUGCGGGCCUGUCUCUGCUGCAGGGCCACAGGGUCGUGCUCCGGUCCGACCUGGACAACCUGAGGGGCAAAGUGGCGCUGCUGUCAGGAGGAGGGUCGGGACAUGAGCCGGCACAUGGGGGUUAUGUUGGUGCAGGUAUGCUGUCAGCAGCAGUGGCCGGUGGAGUGUUUGCGUCUCCGCCUCCUGCCAGCAUCCUGGCUGCCAUCAUGUCCUUGCAUAAUGCAGGAGCCUCCGGGAUCCUUCUCAUCGUGAAGAACUACACCGGCGAUCGUCUCAACUUCGGACUGGCUGCAGAGCAGGCCCGUAACCACGGCGUCACUGUCGACAUGGUGAUUGUCGCCGAGGACUGCGCCUUUGACCGACCCAGUAAGGCCGGGAGGAGAGGCUUGUGUGGCACCAUCUUCAUACACAAGCUGGCAGGUGCGCUGGCAGAAGAAGGCUCCUCCUUGGACCAGAUCGUUGCCAAAGUGACGGAGGUUUUGAAGGGGAUUGGUACUCUGGGGGUGAGUCUGUCUCCAUGCAGCGUCCCAGGCUGCCUGCCUUCAUUCAACCUGCCACCAGGAGACAUGGAGCUGGGACUGGGAAUCCAUGGUGAGCCUGGAAUCAAAAGGUCAAAGGUGGCGUCUGCAGAUGAGGUGGUGAAAACCAUGAUAGAUCACAUGACCAACCCUGACAGCCAAUCGUAUCUGCCGCUGAAAUCAGGAGACAGCGUGGUGCUGUGUGUGAACAACCUCGGAGCUCUGUCUUGUCUGGAGAUGGCCGUCGUUACCCGAGCCGCCAUCAUCUGCCUGGAGAAUCUUGGGGCGGUGGUUGCCAGGGUGAUGUCCGGGUCAUUCAUGACAUCACUGGAGAUGGCUGGAAUGUCGCUGACCGUGAUGAGAGCGAAUGAGGAGAUACUGAGACUGUUUGAUGCUAAGACUGCUGCCCCCGCCUGGCCAAAUCUCAGUACUGCACGUGUUAGCGGACACAGCUACAUCACAGGUCCUCCAGCCAUGGGGACACGACCACAGGACGACAAACACUCUGAAGGCCCGCUGAGUCCUGUGAUGCGUAAAUCAUUAGAGAGAGUUUGUUCCACUCUGCUGGAAAAACAGGAGGAACUCAACUCUCUGGAUCGCGCUGCCGGGGACGGAGACUGUGGGAACACUCAUGCACAGGCUGCCAGAGCCAUUCAGGAGUGGCUCCAGGAUCAUGUGGUCCCUGGUUGCCCCGGGAAACUCCUAUCAGUCCUGGCUGGAUUGGUGCAGGAGAAGAUGGGGGGGUCUUCAGGAGCGUUGUACAGUCUGUUCCUGACUGCUGCUGCUGGUCAUGUGACCGAGGGGCGGAGCAACGCUGCAGCCUGGGCCAGUGCAAUGCAUGCUGGGACACAGGCCAUGAGGAGAUACGGUGGUGCUGAUCCUGGAGACAGAACGAUGUUGGAUGCUUUGUGUCCUGCUGUGGAUGAGCUGAUGAAGCUGACCACAGCUCCACCUGGUGGACAGAUGGCCAUACUACAGGCUGCUGUGCAGAAAGCGGCCUCAGGGGCGGAGGAAACCCGUAACCUCACAGCGAGAGCGGGCCGGGCCAGCUACAUCGCAGCCGAGCGGGUCACCCUGCCCGACCCCGGUGCUGUGGCCGUAGCCGCCAUCUUGAGAGCCGUGCAGGAGUCCCUGGAAGGGCAGAAGUAACAGCAAAUAGUAUCUGAGCUGACUUCUGUGGUCAGAAAAUAGAACAACAUUAUCGUGCCUCGGUAACUUACACAGAAAAAUUAAUGUGACUGAAUAUUCACGGUGAUGUUUACCUCUUUUUGCAAGAUAAGUUUCAUACUGUACAUAAAGAAACAGAGGCUGGUGAGGUGGGUACCUGAAAAUCUGUUUAAAAUCUCAUGAUAUGGUUUGAAAAAUAUUUAGUAAAUGUUCAAAAACACUAAAUACAACAGAGAUACUGUAAAUCCAGGAUUUGAAACUUGAACAGCAGCAGUUUUGUGUAAGUAGUUGAAUCAUGAGUAGAACAUUCCUAAUGAAAUACAAUAUGGACCAAAAGAUACACAAGGAUGUAACAGAGUGGAGCAGGAAUGAGUCCUAAAACCAGGAAGUAAAUUAGCAUAUUAGCACUUCCUGUUCCCUCGUCUCAACGUCAAUGGGUUUUUGGUUAAAUGUCUGAAAUAAGGUCUGUGGUUUUAACACAAGCUCAAGACAUUUUCAGGUUUGAUUCUCCGACAUAAAAUGGGUCAGUAAAUCCCCCACUCCUGAUGUUUGAAGCUUUUACGUGUCUUAAAAAAGGCGGUUGCUAACGAGUGUCUAAAUGAGACUACAGAGGUUGUCGGGGACGUUAACAUGAAAACCCAUCUACUCACCAGUCCACCUUUACAGCCUCGUUGUGUUUCUACUCACGCUCUUUCAAACUCUCACUAACUUUCUAAGAAGAAAGGCUUUUGUAGAAGAGCUCAGAGCUAAAUGAAAUGACCAGUUGGAAGCUUAGUGGUGGAGACGUUAAAAACUUUUGUUGGUCACAGUUUAUUUUCUGCAAUAAUCCAAAACCCAGCUUUUUAGAUAUUAUUUUAGAUACAAAUCAUACUGUUCAUGAAUUAGAGGCACUUUCAUGAUGGAAAAGUAUUAAUUCUGACUAAUAAAUUAUUUUUACAAGG